GAACAUUUAUUUUGUUUCUCAAGCAUUAUUCACAGAAGUUGAUAUAAUAAUUUAUUGGGCUUCCCUUUAACCAGGCAACCUCGUUGCCCUGUUUGUUAUACGAGCUUUUUCUUUUUCUUCUUUCUUUUUUUCUCUCUUGCCAUUUUAUAUAGGGUAUAAGAAGAAGUCGAUGCUACCUUUUGCUUCUCGCUCUUCCCCUAUAAAGUCCAAGUCUGCAUCCGCUUCCACUGAAAGAAAUCUGUCACCAUCCAUUCUACCAUCUCCUUCUCGUUCUGCUCAACAUCGACCAUCUCGUCGUUCACCGCCGCCCUCCUCUUCCUCCACCUCCUCGGAUGCCCGUCAACCAUUCCGACAUGCAGCCUCCCCUCAGCAUGUCAGUAGUUCAUCAUCUACCGCCAACAUGACGCAUAAUCAUACUCCUUCAGCAAGACCGUCUCCCAGCUUAUCAAGAUCAACUUCCUCAUCGUCCCUGACGACGAAUAAUCGCAAUAGUAAGCUCGAUCAAAUUAUCCAGAACUUCUUCACAAAAACUGCCCAUAUCGUAAUCCAAGCAAGGAUACAUGAUGACAUGCGAAAAACCGGCAAUAGGCGUGUGAACAAAUGGUUCAAUAUGGCAAUGGAUGAGAUGGAAACCCUGCGUGACGAUUUGAGUCACUGGAGAGCCAGUAAACUCCAUUUCUCAGGUCCCAUUUUUCCACCAAUGAAAAUUGAUAUUUAUCUCGACACAUCACAGCUGAUCGACACAUCGGGUUGUAUGGUCGAUGGCCCUACCCGUAUCCCCUUGUCUUCGCAACACUCUGUAUUGCUUGAACAGUGGACUUUGACCUUGGAAAAAGAUGUGUCAGCCGAUGGAUGCGUGGAUUUGCCCAAUGUCUAUAAGAAAUCCAUUAUCUUUUUCCGUUCUCUGUAUUCUUUGGUGCGUCUACUUCCAGGCCACAGAUUAGUUCGUCAAUUAUUGGAUGCCCAAUAUAAUGAACUAUUCGUUGCGUAUCAGAUCUCUGCAGCAUCAAGGCAAAGUGACUACCACAACGUAAGCUUCAACCAUACGGAAAAUAUGCAGGGUGGCGCGCAGCCAUCGACCAAGUUAUAUCAACUCUCAAAAGUUGUUACGCCACUAGGAGUGUUUCAACUAGACGUGCGAUACAGGACCAGCUGCGAUAUUCAGUUAGACGUACACGAGACACAAACGAGCACACAAUUCAUUGACAUGGACGAGCAUUUCUUCACACCAACCAUGGCAAAAUACCGCGAAGAAGGAAGAAAAGAAUAUAACUCCCAAGCACCGUCUGUUUCCCCAGCAUCCAAGCUGACGGUGGACACACGAUCUACUGCGGAAAAUCAAUUGCAGACAUCAUCUCAUGCACCGCGUCGCGCUUCUAGCUUGCGUGAUACCGCAUUCUCGUCAUGGAGACAAUCACCUUUGGUUGCUAGUGACAUAGCCCCCUCGUUGUCGACCAAUACCCUGUCCAAGCGUGGGAACAUCCCCCUGAUUUCGCCAUUCAAGUCGCCUUCUCUAUCCUCUUCUCCUCAGGCAGAAACCAUGUUUCUCAAUGGGCGAUCGUGUGCACCCUCGGACGAUAAGCUACGUUCAUCGUCUUCCGAAGAUAUGGGGAAUUCCUUUCUAUCAAGAAAACCCAAGUUUUCUUCGAGUUUUGAAAAAUACAAAGAGCGAUCCAGUCCACACCGCAGGGAAAGUAGUUCUCAGCUGAAUAUGACCCGACAAUGGUCAGUCAAUGAUGAUCAUGGUUCCUUUGUCCAGAACGAUGCCAUUGAUGCAAGCUUGGAGGAAUUUAUGCGUCUCGUUCAUUCAGACGAACAUGCGAAAUUAUUUGAAAAGCAGUGUACCUUGAAUGAUGGUGAUUAUUCUCCGUCGUCGCUCCAAGUCAACAACAGUCAAUUAUACGCAGAUAACGCCGACAUGGGAUCUAUUUAUCGCUCAAAGAAAGCGUUGUCCUACUAUCAAUCUUUGAAAGAUACUCACACGUCGCUGUCCGAGUCAAUGGCCUACAGUAUUACCACAUCUACCACUACGACUGCUGAGGCUCUCAAUACGGGCACUUCUCUAGGUUCCUCAUCAUCUUCGUCGAUGGGUCGUUCCUACGCACCUGCAGUGCCUUCACCACUGCAUACUAAGCAUCCGGUUCCGCUACCCAUGAUAUCCACACCACGUUCACUGCAUCAUGUGCCGCUCGAUACAGACACCGUAGCAUGCUCAACUUCAUGCCAGGAUAGUCUCGAUUCCCAAGUAGCCUCGUCUCAGUUGGAUGGUUCGGAAAACAGAGAACUACCGUGGGGCAGCAGGCAUGGAUCAUUCAAAGUAGCCGAAGAUGAAGGGCUAUGGACUGAAAAGCACCAGCAGAAGGGCUAUACCUUUGAUACCAGCAGCUUACGUGGGUUGGGUCAUGUGGCAAAAGGAAAAAUAGAGUUUCACAGUGAUGAGCUCUAUCGAAGAAUAGGAACAACACAUGCACCAAGAAGGAAAAGCUUUCUUGAUGACGAUGACUCGCUCGUCUUUAGAAUGACAGAACUUGAAAACGAAGGAUUGCCAUGUACUCAGUCUGACAGCAGCAGUUUAGUCUUGUCCCGAGGCAAUGAAGUCCAUCUCUUGAGUGUCCGCGAACGAUCUAUCUAUGAUCCUGAAUUACGACCGCGGCGCAUGAAUAGCAUGACGAACCUCGCACAAGCGGCUGCUACGAUGGAGACGGUGGUAGAAGAAGAAGAGAGAAAUAUCAGCAUCAGUGAAAGCAGCAGUAAAAGCGAAGCAUCCAAAAUGAAGGAUGGUCUCGGGUUUGGACUUACUGAUCAUCUUUGUAAAGAUUGGUAAAAUCCUAUCAUACACUCCUUUAUCACCCUUACUUAUGUCCAACCACCACCCUCUGAAAAUCCAUACCUCAUCCAUCCGACAUAAC